AUGCGAGUGAAGUUCGUGCGAACAUUGUUGGUGCUUGCUCUUCUCGGUAACAUAAUAAUAUGGCACAAAAUAUGGUGGCUAUUUACGUCCCAACACUUGUCGAAACCGGCAACCUCAUUGUCAUCAUCAACUCACGACACUCCUCAACGACUUCAUCGUCGAUUAGCGCGUCUUGUUACAAUAGUGGUGAGACAGUUUGAGACAUUUGAUAAUGAUGUUGCGUCGACGGUUGAAUCCGUCCUCAAUUCCUUUCCUGCCAUGUCCAUUCUCAUUGUUUGUAAUGAGCUGCCUUACCCGCCACUCGAAAUCAACUUUUCAAAUGAUACAUUCAGAAACGUAAGGCUGAUUAAUCUUCAGCCGGAAUUUAACAAGUCCUUUGAUGAGAGAAAUCCACUCUACUAUGUUCGCACGAAAUUCGUCCUAUUUCUGCCGGAUUCCACGAGGAUGUCGAGUAAACAAGUGAUACAGGAAGCUGUCACCAAGGCCUCUCGCACUGGUGCAAUAGCGAUACCAGUUGGUAAAAACCAGCUGGCAUGUCUGGAGCUGACUCUAAAAGUAAAGGAGUGGAGUCUGCGAUUAUCGAAAGUACCUGGUCAACUGUGUGACGCGAUAAUGGGACGACAUGCCAUCCUGAUAGACGUUAAUGCCCUGAAAAAACUACCGGAUCCAUUCAUGCUGCCGUUCAUGGAGAGUUUUUACAUCCAGACGAGUGUCACUGGCCUCAAGAUUCAGCUGAUGCAUCAUCAAUUGAACGAGGGGAAACCCCUCUUCCGGAGUCAGCAAUCCCAGUGGAAGCUCCAACAGCUCCACCAGCGACGGGAGAGAUCAAUGUUCGAGCGAUUUGGAAUUAAAAAAGUGACGAGGACAACCGGUUCCGUGGACUGGUUCGGUUGUUCCAGGGAAACCCAGCGUUGCUUUGGGUCAAUCGUGAAUGGGGUGCCCUCGUACCUCUACCAGAAUCGUUACACCCCACCCUGUUGCCUGGCAGGACUGAGAAAAGUCGCUCAACACGUGUUCGAUAACCUGGAGAGGUCAGGGAUCAGAUACUGGCUGGAGGGGAGUUCCCUCCUGGGGGCGAUGAGAAACGGAGACAUCCUCCCCUGGGACUACCAGGUGGAGAUAGGGGUUAAUCGAGAUGAUCUUAAUCGAUGCCCCUGGCUGGUUAAGGCCAGGAGUAAACCUGUAGCCGAUAACUACGGCUUCGUCUGGGAGAAAGCAACUGAGGGCGAGUUCUUUAAGGUUCAGUACUCGAAGUCUAAUAGAUUGCACGUCAAUCUCCUGCCGUUUUAUGUUAAAAAUGGCACGAUGAUGAGGGACUCGUGGUUCUUGAAGAACAGGGACUUCCCGGAGCAGUUCCUCCAUCCAAUGUCCAGCAUUGACUUCGCCGGGAGACAAGUGUCAAGUCCGAAUAACAUCAGGGAUUUCUUGGAGAUUAAGUAUUAUAAAGGGGUUGUGGAGAAUCCGGAGUUACCUGGAAAGAUAUUCAAUUGACUCGAUCAGUCAAACAAUCAACAAGAGCCUCCAAAUUGACUCUAAUUACCUUGGAUGAUUUUCACAUUGUAAUUAGAAAGUCAUUGAUUGUUUUUAAAUAGUCAUUAAAAUUCCUAAAACUCAAUAUUUCUUUCCUCAAACUGAAUUCCGAUCAGCAAUUGCAAUUACCAAUAAUUCGAAGGGAGUUUAUCUCUAAUUAUUGUCCCUUCAAUUUCAAUGAUACGAUCGAAAAUCAAUUUUUCAAUGUAUAGUGCCAACAUUAUCUCGAUUUACCAGCGAACAAAUUAUGAAUUUUUCUAUCGGAUGUCUAGGUAUUAUGCAAUUAAAAAAUCCACAUUGUAAACUCAUUAAAAUGGAUAUUAAUUUGUCAUUGGGUGGAACUGUAUAGAUAUGUCAAGGUUUAGGAAUAUUUUCUCUCGACAAAGUAUGUAAAUUUCAUUCAAUAAA